GUGUAGAUCCACCCACUCACACAGAUAUAAAUCCUCAGACCGUACAGUACGCACCAACUAAAGCGCAGAUCAAUGUAGGCAUUGGAGAAAAAUCCCGGCAAAGUUCGCAUGGCUAUAUUAAUGCUCCUGUUGUUCCUUCUGUCUGAAGCAGCACCUGAUGUGAUUGUGGUAACAGUGCACUCUGGACAGGAUGCCAGACUGCCAUGUCAGGCUGCUGAUUCCUCCAUCAGAGUUGUAGAGUGGAGCAAAGAUGACCCGAAGCCAGGGUACGUCCUCUUUUACAGCGAUAAAGAAACAGAUACAACCGUCCACAAUCCAUCCUAUAAGGGCAGGGUGGACCUGUCUGGCAAUGAGCUGAGUGGUGGAGACGUGUCUUUAAUUCUGAAGAAUGUGAGCAGCAUCGACAACGGGACAUACGAGUGUCGGGUUGCAUCAGGUGGUUUCAGACGUAAAAAGAGAGCCAUCAUAGACUCUGAGCCAAUCAGAACCAUCCGUCUCCAGGUUACAGAGCAAGAUUCCGAGGAUGGAAACUCCUCUCCUGUAGGCCGAUACGGUGGACUGGCAGCAGGUGGACUGUUUCUUGUAGCUGUGGUUGGUGUCCUGAUAUAUAAAAGACGUAAGGACAAGAGAUCAGAACCGCCUGCUGCUGCCGAUGUUCCUCGUUUUGGUGCCUAAACUUUACAGUCAAUGCCGAAUGGCGCUUUAUGACGCUUAAAGUACUUAUUUUUUAGGUAUAUGAUAUAUUACUGGUACUAUUGGUGAAGUAGAUGAUACCUUUGAGGGGGGAGAUACAUUUUGUCCCCAUGGGGAUGAAAAUAAUUCAGCAGAGGCAGAGAUAUGUACAGAAAGGAGGAAAUCUCAUGCAAAUAUCGUAUAACCAGGUGAAAAGAGGUUGUCUGUGUGUUGAUCAGGUUAAUUGCACAUUUCAUAUGGUUUUUAUUUUGUAUUUUUGUAUAUUUGUAUAUAUAUUUGUUUUUUAAAUGUAAAAAAAUGUAAAAAAAAAAAAACUGUAUUCAUAUCUACAAAGUAGAUUUACUAUCCUGGAAAGAGCCGUUCAGUUGAAUUCGUUUACAAGAAAGGUGGCUGCCGCUGGAGAAUUUAUUCUAAGGAUCCAUCGCCAUCGCGUCUGUUAUAGAAGACAUCGACAGCGCAUUCAUUUUAAAAUCCUCAACGCCGCGUCUCAGCUCGACAUUAGCCAGCUGAUGGUGCCACUGCGACUCAGCUGUUCAAGUCGCAGAGGCUGGUUUUAGAACGUAAGAGACGUCUCCUGUUUCAACAGAGAAGUAAGCUGGUAAAGUCAGCUACAAACUAUAGAAAUAAAAUGCUCAAUAAUCCAUUUAUUUUUAUGUUACAAACAGCUGUACGAAAUGGCAGAGUUUUAGACGGAGCCUCAACGACCGCCUGAAAGCACGGUAGCGUUAUAUGGUGGAGAGAGAUAGAGAGAGACUGAAGAGAGAGAGCGCCCAGCGGCGUUAGAGCCGUGAAUCAGAGAAAUAAAACGUGUUUUCGCCGAUUCAUCUCUAGAAAUGCAAC